AUGGUGGAGAGGGAAGACCUGGAGGAAGAGCUCAUGGAUGGCCUGGAGGAUUUCUGUAGUCAUGACGAGGAUGAAGAGGAGGGAGACUCGGAUUGUUUCUCCUCCUCCACUGUGUCCCAUGGCGAGUUCAUGGUGAUCUUUCGGAACUGCACGGAGAGUCUCACCAAGUCCUUUCCUGGAGAGAAGGUGAUGCAGCCAGCUCCCGUCUACAGUCUCCUCCCCAACGUGCCCCCGACCAUCUACUUUGGUACUCGGGACAAGAAAGUGGAGAAGCUUCCCUGGGAGCAGAGGAAGCUGCUUCAAUAGAAGAUGAGCACAGUGACCCCCAACAUCAUCAAGCAGACCAUCGGGCAGUCCCACUUCAAACUCAACAAGAGAAGCGACGACUGGCUGGGCUUCUGGGGCCACCACAUGAAGUCGCCCAGCUUCAGGAUCAUCCGGGAGUACCAGAAGCUCAACAACUUUCCAGGCUCCUUCCAGAUCGGACAGAAGGACCUGCUGUGGCAGAACCUGUCAUGCAUGCAGAAUCUCUUCGACAAGAAGGAGUUCAGCUUCUUCCCGCAGUCCUUCAAUCUGCCGCAGGACACCAAGCUCCUGAGGAAGGCCUGGGAGAGCAGCAGCCGCCAGAAGUGGAUCAUCAAGCCACCAGCGUUGGCACAGGAUAUCGGCAUCCAGGUGAUCCACAAGUGGAGCCAGCUCCCCAAGCACCAUCCCCUGCUGGUGCAGAGGUAUCUGCACAAGCCCUACCUCAUCGGCGGCAGCAAGUCCAACCUGCGCAUCUAUGUGUACGUCACCUGCUACAAUCCUCUGCACAUUUACCUCUUCACUGACGGGCUAGUCCACUUUGCCAGUUGCAAGUACUCCCCUUCCACGAAGAGCCUGGGCAAGAAGUUCAUGCACCUGAUCAACUACAGCGUCAAUAAGAACGCCAAGUACCAGUCCAUCGAGGACAAGAUCGCCUGCCAGGGACACAAAUGGGCGCUCAAGGCCUUAUGGAACUAUCUGAGCCAGAAGGGCAUCAACAGUGAUGCCAUCUGGGAGAAGAUCAAGGAUGUCAUCGUCAAAACCAUCAUCUCGUCAGAGCCGUAUGUGAUGAGCCUGCUGAAGAUGGACAUGCAGCGGCCCUACAGCUGCCACGAGCUCUUCGGCUUUGGCAUCAUGCUGGACAAGAACCUCAAGCCUUGGGUCUUGGAAGACAACAUUUCCCCCAGCCUCCACUUCAACUCGCCCCUGUACAUCAGCAUCAAGGGCCAGAUGAUCCGGGACCUGCUCAACCUGGCGGGCUUUGUGCUGCCCAGCACCAAGGAGCUUCUGUCCAGCAACUCCAGCAACUCCAGCAGCAGCUCCGGCCUCAGCCUCCCAGGCUCCAGGGACAAGGGUCGAAUGACCCCCGAGCCGUUCACCACACAGAGGCUGAAGAAAGCAUAUUACCUGAACUGA